UGGACGGCGGUUUGAUCACACGAACUUGCGACCCAUGGCAGAGGUAUCUUUUCCUCCCGAACUCCAGCCCAGCGAAAUACAGAGAAAAGAGGCCUCUGCUAGCAGGGAAAUCCCUUCACUUCCGUCACAUAAAAAAGGCUGAGCUGGGAUCGUGCAAACUUGUCCAUCAUUGUUAGAAGGGUAAAGUACUCCCUACGACUAUGUUCAACAAGCUAGCCAUCUUGAUUCUGGGCGUUCUCGCUACUAAUCUUGUUCCAGAGGUUAAGGGUCGUCCGAAAUGGCACAGAGAUAUUACGGACGACGCUAACGAGGGUAGCGGCCCUAUGAACCCAACAGGACCUCCAUCAUUCCCCACACUUGAAAAAGAUCACGAGGACCCACCAACAAAACUAAUGUAUGACACAAAUGACCAGGGCCCAACACGACCUCCAUCAUUCCCAAUAGAUCACGAGGACCCACCAACAAAACUAAUGUAUGACACAAAUGACCAGGGCCCAACAGGACCUCCAUCAUUCCCCACACUUGAAAAAGAUCACGAGGACCCACCAACAAAACUAAUGUAUGACGCAAAUGACCAGGGCCCAACAAUACCUCCAUCGUUCCCAAUAGAUCACGAGGACCCACCAACAAAACUAAUUUAUGACACAAAUGACCAGGGCCUAACAGGACCUCCAUCAUUCCCAAAAGAUCACGAGGACACACCAACAAAACUAAUGUAUGACACAAAUGACCAGGGCCCAACAGGACCUCCAUCAUUCCCCACACUUGAAAAAGAUCACGAGGACCCACCAACAAAACUAAUGUAUGACACAAAUGACCAGGGCCCAACACGACCUCCAUCAUUCCCAAUAGAUCACGAGGACCCACCAACAAAACUAAUUUAUGACACAAAUGACCAGGGCCUAACAGGACCUCCAUCAUUCCCAAAAGAUCACGAGGACACACCAACAAAACUAAUGUAUGACACAAAUGACCAGGGCCCAACAGGACCUCCAUCAUUCCCCACACUUGAAAAAGAUCACGAGGACCCACCAACAAAACUAAUGUAUGACACAAAUAACCAGGGCCCAACACGACCUCCAUCAUUCUCAAAAGAUCACGAGGACCCACCAGUAGAACCAGAGCUUGGCGCCGAUGACCAAAAAGCCCACCACUAACAAAAUUAAUGUAUGACGCAAAUUUUUCAAGGCCCACACAGCCCCAAUAUUCCUCGCGACGAAGGCUCUCCAAUAGAGUGAAGAAUACAAACUAGAACAGAGGUCGGUGCAGAUGAUGCAGGACAGUUACAAUGCCCUUCUACUUCUGCAGUUUAGCUAUUAGUGAUCCCCUUCAGAAAACUAAAUGGUAAAUGGUUCCCAUUCUUAGAGCAGCAGCUAUGUGCAUAGAUGUUUAACGCACGAUCAUUGUAAUGUAUCAUUGAAAUAAAGUAAAUCGAAUCUAGUGAGCCUUUCA